AUGGAUGUUCAGAUGCGAGACAAAGACGAGAUGGAGGAUUGGUUCGAGUCGGACGGUCAGAGGGAGUUGAGGCAGAUCUUCCAGACCCUGUCUCAUAUACAGGAUGUCACCAGGGAGUUGCAUAAGAAAGUUGAUGAGGUGAUCGGCAAGCAGAUGAACUCUCUCUCGAUGUUGUCGGCUGUCUACACCCAGUCUCAGGGACAGCCUGCGCAGGCGCAACCCGGACAGGCCGUGCAGAUGCCCCAAUUCCCAAUUACGCGCCACGACUGGGACGUCUUCACGUCCAACAACCAAUUGAUGAUUCAAACGGUGUCGGAGCUUAAGGCAUUCGUAGUAGAAGUGAAUCGCAAAACCGACACCCUACUGACGACCGGGGGCGGCGGUGGGGGCAACGGGGUCAACCCCCAAUUCUUCAACGAACUCCGGGACAACGUCCAUCAAGUCAAAAAUAGUCUGGCAGGAGUCGCACAAAGAAUAUCAUCUCCGAUGCAAUCCCAAAACUGUCCAUCGGUCACAUGUGUCUCAACGGGAAUGCUGCUUGUGAUCAUAAGUGGACAACUUUUGGUCUUGUUCCUAUAUCAGUGGUACAAGGAAAGGAAAGAAGCUCAAGCGAAGAAGUUCUUCUAA